GCCAAGUUGUAAAUUGCUUGUUUCGACCUCAAUGUGUUCCCGCCCUUCCGCUUCUCGACAUCGUAAGCAACGGUUUCCACGUUUGGACCGGAGACGCUCCUAUGGGAAUCCGUAUUUACGAGCAAGUCCAUUAGCCGAUGAUUGCGUACUCUCGGAGGAUGAACACCUCUUUUCCGUUAACAAGCGUUUUGCACCCGUCCAUAAACCUCACGGAUCCGUCGAGGCUGCUGCAGUUGCUACCGCUCCCCUAGGUAAUUCUUCUCCGACGGCUGAUACGCACGGGGGUUCCUUGCCCGUUGGUCGUGCGGAUAGGCGAGCCAGAGAUGAACACAACGAACAAGAGCGUAAUCGAAGGCGUGAAUUGGCUGUCAUCUAUGAGCUUAUCCGCUGCAGUUUCUCAGAAGAUGAUUUACGCUAUCUUUAUCCAUGCAAUACGCCAACUUCCAUCGAAAAAAUGUCCUAUCCCCAGGUGCUUCAUGUGGCUUACCAUUUACUCCGAGAGGAACAACACAACCUAAUAAUGUUCGAGCGUACUUUAAACGAUAUCAGGCGAAUUGAGAAGGAGUUCAACCAUGCCGGUAUUCCGCUUCCAGAGCGACCGUCUCUUCCAUCCAUCACAGAGACGUAUCUGAACAUAACUGAAGCUGUGGAUAAAAUCUUGAAGUAUGAUAAAAGUGCUCGCGCAUUUGGUGGCGUUUAUGAGGUCACUCCCGCAGAAAGAGCCGCUCUUGGAGACCGUCAACUUGCUCCUCUGUGUCCGCGAUCCAAUCCCGUACGUCACAACCCAAUAAAACUACCGACUCGGUUUUCUAGACUGAAUUCACACUGUGUGCGACAGUCAGUUCGGUCUACCCAUAAACCUAGACACUCUGAGUUUCCUAGGCUUACCUAUGAUGAGGAAAUGUCGAGGUGGGACAAGAUGGUUCCAAAACUCAGGAGAUCUUCGUCGUCGGCGUCGAUUACUCGUCAGACGAGCGAUUCCGAGGCAUCCUACCUGCAGGAAUAUUCAGCUGCACGAUAUGCUUGCAAACCAGAAGAUGCAGUGUCGCUUGUUUUUGGAGACAGCUGUGUACAGCCGGAGAACGACUCAGUCGUUAUAGAUUUUUUACCACAGUGAAAUGUAUUACUCGGAGUGAUGUAUGUUGCCCAUUCUCGCUACUCGAGUUAUGGUACUUCCCUUCCUGACUUACCGCGUUACUCCUACUUUAUUCUAUUUCUGUCCUGUAAACCUUGAUAUUCGUGCCCCACUGCUAUCGCCACCGACCUUCUUAUAUUCAUAUUCCUUGAACCGCUUUUCAACUGCAUUUGUACUGUUAUGUGUGAUAUUUAUUUUCACCGACUCCUGCUUGCCAUUUGUUCAGUAAGGCCAUCCUCAUGGUUGUAGUUCUUGUUUUUGCCUCGUGAAUAAGAAACGACCUACGAUUUGGAAGACAC